AUGGCCACAGUCACGGCGACCGUGACGCAGAUCGUCAACCGCACCGUUUCCCAAGCUGCGUCUACAGCGACAAGCACCAACCGAGCUACACCUCAAGGCGGUAUUCUGGAAGGUGGAAAUCCUACUCACUAUGACAAGAGCGUACGCAUGAACAUCGGAGACGGUACAUUCCUUGCGAGUUGACACCUGCGUAGAACCCAAUCAUUCUGUUCAUUAUCCAAGCCGGCAUCAUUGUCGUCUUCUGCCGUCUCCUCCAUUGGCCUCUGUCCAAGAUCCGGCAGCCUCGUGUGAUCGCCGAAGUCAUUGGAGGCAUCCUCUUGGGCCCUUCCGUGAUGGGUCGUAUACCCGGCUUUACAGACGCCAUCUUUCCGCAAGCCUCCAUCCCGAACCUCAACCUCGUCGCGAACCUGGGACUUGUGCUGUUCCUAUUCUUGGUCGGAGUAGAAGUCGAUCUACGGUACUUCUUCAGCAACUGGAAGGUCGCGCUCAGUGUUGGCGCCAUUGGCAUGGUACUGCCGUUUGGGUUGGGGUGCGCAAUAGCAUGGGGUCUAUACCACGAAUUCAGAACCGAAGAGGGCAUUGUCCACAUCGACUUUGGGACCUAUAUGCUGUUCAUUGGUAUUGCCAUGGCCAUCACCGCCUUCCCCGUCCUUUGCCGUAUCUUGACGGAGCUCAAGUUGCUUCAGACGCCAGUCGGUGUCAUUACUCUGUCAGCUGGAGUGACCAACGACGUUGUGGGCUGGAUCUUGCUUGCGCUCUGCGUGGCUUUGGUCAAUGCUGGUAGUGGGCUUACUGCACUUUGGGUACGUGAAAGAUGAGAAGGAAGAAGUGUGCACGUUUGGGCUAACGUAUGGCCACAGGUGCUGCUGACUUGCAUAGGAUAUGCAUUGUUCCUGUUCUUGGCGGUACGGCCUGCGUUUCUGUGGAUUUUGCGCAGGAACAACUCUCUUACGGAUGGUCCAUCCCAAUCGAUCAUUACAUUGACUCUCUUGAUCGCCCUGACAUCCGCCUUCUUCACCGGAGUCGUCGGCGUUCAUCCCAUUUUCGGUGCUUUCAUGGCCGGACUCAUGUGUCCUCACGAAGGCGGGUUUGCCAUCAAAGUCACGGAAAAGAUUGAGGAUUUGAUUGGCGCUAUCUUCCUCCCUCUCUACUUCGCCCUCUCGGGUCUCUCCACGAACAUUGGACUGCUCGAUAACGGCAUUACCUGGGCGUAUGUCAUUGGCGUCAUUGCGGUUGCUUUCUGCGCCAAAUUCGCCGGAGGAACCGUGGGAGCGAGGCUGAAUGGAUUGGUCUGGCGAGAAUCCUUCACCAUUGGAGCCCUUAUGUCCUGUAAGGGCUUGGUCGAGCUCAUCGUUCUGAACAUCGGACUCCAGGCGAAGAUUUUGAGCACACGCACAUUUACAAUCUUCGUCGUCAUGGCACUGAUCACCACGUUUGCUACUACUCCACUGGUGCAGGUGCUCUAUCCGCCUUGGUAUCAACGAAAGCUGGAAGCGUGGAAGCGCGGAGAGAUUGACUGGGACACUGGCAAGCCUCUUACCGACGAGGGCAACCAGAGUGAUGGUGUUGUUGGCCAGAAGACGGAGACAUCGAAGGUCAAGAAUCUUUUGGUCUACCUCCGCCUGGACAACAUGCCUACUCUGCUUGCUUUUGUUUCUCUUCUUGGAAACCAGCCUACCGAGACCAUGCAGAAAGAACACCCGUCGUUUACACCAGACAGCACCGACAAAAUCGUCCAAGAUCGACGCCGCAAGCACGUUGAGGUUCAUGGAGUUCGUCUGGUGGAGUUGAAUGACCGUGGAUCUGCUGUCAUGAAGGUCGGCGAGGCCGACGAGAUCACGGCAUUCGACCCAGUGUUGAACGCGUUCCGAGUUCUCGGACAGAUGUUUAAUCUUGCGGUUUCCGGAGAGGUCAACGUGGUGCCGACCAGCAGCUUUGCAGAGACGCUGGUCAACAAAGCCGUAGACGAGUCGUCCGAUCUCUUACUUCUCCCCUGGAGCGAGACCGGCAGCCUGAGCGAGACACAGAUCGUCUCGUCCGACAGUGCGAAGAACAAACUGGAUAGCGAUGCCUACAGUUCCUUCGUCCGACAGUCUCUCGACUCAGCGCAAUGCAACGCUGCCAUCUUCAUUAAUAAGGGCUUCUCUGGCACCCUGAAGCAGCGGCCCAUGACCAUCCGGCGUACCAUGAGCGCCCUGAGCGUGCGCAGCCAACGCGACCAGGAUCAGGCGAUUACCGUGAGUCUGGACCGCGAUCGGAGUCAUCACAUCUUCAUGCCCUUCUUCGGACUCAGCGCCGAUGAUCGCGUCGCUCUGCGAUUGGUCUUGCAGCUCGCGGAGAAUCCCGGUGUCACUGCCACGAUUGUGCAUUUCUCAUCGCUUGCAGAAGAAAAGGCAGUGCAGCAGCAGCAGCAGCAAGAAAUGAAGGUUUCUCGUAGCCGUAAUAAAAAGUUACUACAUCCGGGCACGAGCUCUACGGGUAGUAUCCCACAACAGCAGGAAGAAGAGGAGGAGCAUCUGGCAGGCUUCUUCGCCACGAUGCGAAGCUCUCUCCCGCGGGACCUCGCGCGACGGGUUGUGUUUGAGACGAUUCCGACGAGGGAUGAUGUGCUGGAGGCGGCCGUUCUGAGGGCUCAGGGGGAAAUCGCGCGGAAUCCGAGAAAUGGAGGCGAUGUUGUUGUUUUGGGGAGGAGUUUUGGACAAUUCCCGGGCCGCGAUCUGGGGGGGACGACGGAUUGUCUGGGUGGUGCGGCGGAUCGGUUUGCUGCUAGUGGGAUUUAUGCGUCUUUGCUUGUUGUGCAGGCUAGAGGGAUGGAUUGA